UCUUUGCAGGCCACACACACACAUACACACACACACACACACACACACACACCUACACACAGUACUUGUAAUAGUCAUGAUUGGUUAUGAACAAUAGCCACACCAUGCUUGUGACUUUGUCGUGAUGUUUUCAGCGCGGAGUGGAACAAUAACAACCUGCGGGGAGUUUCUCCACAGUUCAGCGGAUAAGGUGAAAGUGACCAGCUGAGCGAGAAUGUUCUGUCUCCUCCUCCUCCUCCUCUUGUCAUUCCUGGUGCAAGGUUCCGACCAAUGGCACAACGGCGAUUGCGCCGAGCUCAGCAACACCACGUGGCUGCAGUACCGCCAGCAGCGCCUCCAGCUGCAGGUCCAGUUCCUGCUGCUGACCCGCCAGAACCCGGAGUGUGCUAAGACCUUCGGGGAGGAUUCUCUGGGCAAAGAGAACUACUUUAACGCGUCAAAGCCCACUAAAGUCAUCAUACAUGGAUACAGGGCGAUGGGCAGCAAGCCGUCAUGGGCCGGGCAGCUGGCCCACGCCCUCCUGGGGGUGCAGGAUGUCAAUGUUGUGAUGGUGGACUGGGUCUACGGCGCCUCCUUCGCCUACAACCUGGUGGUGGAGAACUACAAGGAGGUGGCGCUGCAGAUCUCCGUGCUCAUCAACCUGCUGCAGAAACAGGGAUGCGCCCUGGAGUCCUUCCACCUAAUAGGGGUCAGUCUGGGGGCCCACGUCGCCGGCUUCGUGGGGACCCUUUUUGAGGGGAAAAUCGGAAGAAUCACCGCUCUGGACCCGGCGGGCCCCAUGUUCAAAGGAGCCGACACUUACGACCGAUUGGACCCGUCUGACGCUCAGUUUGUGGACGCCAUACACACAGACUCUGACUACUUUGGCAUCUCCAUCCCUGUCGGCCAUGUUGACUUCUUCCUGAACGGGGGCAAGGACCAGACAGGAUGUGCGCGCUCCCACUUCGCCUCCAUGUACGGCUAUGUGAUCUGCGACCACAUGAGGGCAGUGCACGUCUACAUGAGCGCCCUGAACGGCUCCUGCCCGCUGACUGGGAUCCCGUGCUCCAGUUACGACGACUUCCUGAAGGGGCGCUGCGUCAACUGUGACGCCUUCAAGGGGCGGUGCCCCGCCAUUGGCUUGUCUGAAAAGUGCGGCCUCAGCGUGUCACCCGUUCCCAGCCAGCAGAAGCUGUUCCUCCUCACCACGUCUCUGCCGCCUUUCUGCGCUCACCACAUCCUGCUGGCCAUGGAGGUCUCGGCGCUGAGUAAGAGCGCGGAAGUGGAGGUGACGCUGACCACCGGCAGCCUGGCGACUAAGCAACGACUCCGACUUCAGAAGAGUGCGAGCGCCUACACUACCAUGAUGGCUCACCCGGUGGCGCUGUGCGAGAUCCACUCCAUCAGCAUGCGGAACACGGGCGCUCGCCUCUACCAGCAGGGCAGCGUGCACGUCAAGUGGGUGUGUCUGUCCCACGUGGUCGCCAACACGCGCGAGGAGCCGCUGUGCAUCAACAACGUCAACGUCAGGCGGGGGGCGCCGUGGUCACAUGACUUGGUGCAAGUGUGCGGCCUCUUCCGACGAUGAUGACGUCGCCCCCCACACCCCCCCUGGGGUCCCGCCCAGGGCCCAAUUGAAGCAAGGAGCGCCCCUGGCUGAUGUAAUCAAGAACAGCCUCUGACCCUGUAGUUUGUGUUCUAACAGCGUCGUCACCAUGGCAACAAUAAAUCAAUAAACAGACUCACUGCAGAAAU